AUGGACCUGGCAACCGACACAACCCUCAAAUUCACCGAUCAGAAUGUCCAGGAUGCCUCCGAUCUCGCUGAGUUCGGCCAUGACCAGAGCCUCCAGCGCAAAUUCAACAUCUGGAGCAUGCUAGCCUUAGCUUUUUGCGUUUUAGGAACAUGGUCGACUUUCGCACAAGACCUCACUGAUGGGUUUAUUAAUGGUGGUCCUGUCUCUAUCCUUUGGGGCCUAGCAUUGGUGACAUUCUGCAAUACAUGUGUGGCGAUCUCUCUGGGAGAGAUCUGCAGCAGCAUGCCCACAGCUUUAGGGCAGGCUUACUGGAUCUUUCGACUCUGGGACUCGCCCCUCGGACGUUUCGUAUCUUACAUGUGUGCAUGGAUCAACGUCUUCGGCUGGUGGACCCUUGCCGCCUCACAAGUUGCCUUCAUGACAAACUUCAUUCUAGGAAUGAAGGUCAUGUUCAAUGUCAACUGGACUAGGAAACCCUUAUCGGAACUUUACACAGCUUCAGUAUACCGCCCCAUUGUUGGAUAUGACUGA